CUCUGCAGGAAUGCGGCUCCCGGAUGUUGCGCAGAGUGAGACCUCCGCGUGUUUCUGCGCUCUGCGUCCUGACGUGGCGCCGGCCGCCGCCAUGUUGUUUUGCUUCGUUGUCAGCGGAGAGGAGCAGCAGCGGCAGCAGAGCGGCGCUUUUACCUGACAGUGUGUCCGACCCCGUCUCCCUGCGUUGCCAUGGCGACCUUCCCAGAAUACAUUGCUCAGAACGAGGAGCGUGACGGCGUGCGGUUCAGCUGGAACGUGUGGCCGUCCAGCCGGCUGGAGGCGACCCGGAUGGUGGUGCCGGUGGCGUCUCUGUUCACCCCGCUGAGGGAACGACCCGACCUGCCGCCGAUCCAGUACGAACCGGUUCUCUGCAGCCGGGCUACCUGCCGCGCCGUGCUCAACCCGCUGUGCCAGGUGGACUACAGAGCCAAACUGUGGGCCUGUAACUUCUGCUACCAGAGGAACCAGUUUCCUCCGUCGUACGCUGGAAUCUCUGAGGUGAACCAACCUGCUGAGCUGCUGCCGCAGUUCUCCACCAUCGAGUACGUGGUCCAGCGGGGUCCUCAGAUGCCGCUGGUCUUCCUGUACGUUGUGGACACCUGUAUGGAGGACGAGGACCUGCAGGCUCUGAAGGAGUCUCUGCAGAUGUCCCUGUCUCUGCUGCCUCCCACCGCGCUGGUCGGACUCAUCACCUUCGGCCGGAUGGUUCAGGUUCAUGAGCUCGGCUGUGAGGGGAUCUCCAAGAGCUACGUCUUCAGGGGGACCAAGGACCUGAACGCCAAGCAGCUACAGGAGAUGCUCGGUCUGACCAAACCUUCAGCCACUCAGGGACGAGGUCCUCAAACUGCCCCACAGCCUCUGUCCAACAGGUUCCUGCAGCCGGUGCAGAAGAUCGACAUGAACCUGACCGACCUGUUGGGGGAGCUGCAGCGAGACCCCUGGCCCGUCACUCAGGGAAAGAGGCCGCUGCGCUCGCUGGGCGUCGCCAUGUCCAUCGCUGUCGGCCUGCUGGAGUGCACCUUCCCGAACACGGGGGCUCGGAUCAUGACGUUCGUCGGCGGCCCGGCGACGCAGGGCCCGGGCAUGGUGGUGGGAGACGAACUGAAGACCCCCAUCAGGUCCUGGCACGACCUCGAGAAGGACAACGCCAAGUUCAUGAAGAAAGCCACCAAGCACUAUGAGUCUUUAGCUAACCGAGCGUCCACUAACGGUCACAUCAUCGACAUCUACGCCUGUGCUCUCGAUCAGACCGGCCUGCUGGAGAUGAAGUGCUGCGCCAACUACACCGGAGGCUACAUGGUGAUGGCGGACUCCUUCAACACGUCUCUGUUUAAACAAACCUUCCAGAGAGUUUUCACCAAAGACGUCCAGGGAUCCUUCAAGAUGGCGUUCGCCGCCACGCUGGAGGUCAAGACGUCCAGAGAGAUCAAAGUAUCGGGAGCGAUCGGACCCUGUGUGUCUCUGAACGCCAAAGGACCCUGUGUCUCUGAGAACGAGAUCGGGACCGGAGGAACGUGUCAGUGGAAGAUCUGUGGUUUGGAUCCGACCACCACACUGGCUCUUUACUUUGAGGUGGUCAACCAGCACAACGCUCCGAUCCCUCAGGGCGGCCGUGGAGCGAUCCAGUUCGUCACUCAGUACCAGCACUCAUCCGGACAGAGACGCAUCCGAGUCACCACCACCGCCAGGAACUGGGCGGAUGCUCAGACUCAGAUUCAGAGCAUUGCGGCGUCCUUUGAUCAGGAGGCGGCGGCCAUCUUGAUGGCGAGGUUGGCGGUGUACCGGGCGGAGACGGAGGAGGGUCCUGAUGUCCUGCGAUGGUUGGACAGGCAGCUCAUCAGACUGUGUCAGAAGUUUGGAGAUUAUCACAAAGACGAUCCAAACUCCUUCAGGUUCUCCGAGACCUUCUCCCUCUACCCUCAGUUCAUGUUCCACCUGCGGCGUUCUCCGUUCCUCCAGGUGUUCAACAACAGUCCAGAUGAGAGUUCAUAUUACAGACAUCAGUUCAACAGACAGGAUCUGACUCAGGCUCUCAUCAUGAUCCAACCUGUGCUCUACGCUUAUUCAUUCAACGGACCACCUGAGCCGGUCCUGUUGGACAGCAGCAGCAUCCUGCCAGACCGAAUCCUGCUGAUGGACACUUUCUUCCAGAUCCUCAUCUACCACGGAGAGACUGUAGCUCAGUGGAGGAAGGCUGGUUAUCAGGAAAUGGCCGAGUAUGAAAACUUCAGACACCUUCUUCAGGCUCCGGUGGACGACGCUCAGGAGCUGCUGCACACUCGCUUCCCCAUGCCCAGAUACAUCGACACCGAGCACGGAGGCAGCCAGGCUCGCUUCCUGCUCUCCAAAGUGAACCCCUCCCAGACCCACAACAACAUGUACGCCUGGGGACAGGAGUCUGGAGCUCCCAUCCUGACAGAUGACGUCAGCCUGCAGGUGUUCAUGGAUCACCUGAAGAAACUCGCCGUCUCCAGCGCCGCCUGACCUCUGUCAUGUUGACUGAUGUGAGAUCAGAUCAUCUUUGCUGAACGACUGCAGUCAGAAAAUCGACAAGCAAAGAAACAACAGAGUCUGAAGGAAACUUGGACUCAUUUUGAAUCAUCACAGCAGUUUGAAAACUUAUUGAUCAUAUUGUUGGUUGUUGAGUUUCUCUUUGAAGCCAUUUAACACUAAAAGUCCUGCAGAGAGGAGACGAGUUUAUGUUUUCAUUGAGUCUUUAUUCUCAUGUUUCUAAUAAAACUCUGCUGUGGAGAA